AUGCGACCCUUGAUUCUGCUCGCGCUACUGCCCCUCGUUGCUGGCUGGGGCAGCCUGGGUCAUCGCACCGUCGCCUACCUUGCCAGCAUGUACUUUACCCCCUCCUCGACCCGGUUCACCAACUUCCUGCUCCACGGCCAGGAUAUCUCGGAGGCAGCUCUGUUCCCCGAUAAAGUGCGACACAUGCCACAAUUCGCCUACUCUGCCAGCUGGCAUUACAUCGACGCACAGGACGACCCGCCGCGACAGUGUGGAAUCAACAUGACCAGAGAUUGCCUUGAGGAAGGUUGUGUCGUCAGUGCCAUUGCAAACCAUACCGGUCGAGUGGCAGAUCCUUCUCUACCGAGGUUCUACCGCGGCCAAAGUUUGAGAUUCAUGAUACAUUUCUUUGGAGAUGUACACCAACCUUUGCACACCGAGGCGGAGGAGAGGGGGGGAAACGAUAUACUGGUCAUGUUUGAUGGAAGACACACCAAUUUACAUAGUGUCUGGGAUACUCUCAUCCCCAACAGGUAUGCCGGAAGGGAUGAUGAAUUUCUGGCCGCGUGGGAAUGGGCACGGGCCUUGUAUGAUGAUCGGCCACUUGAUGAAUGUAUGACUGAUGCAGCUGAGUGUGGACUUUCCUGGGCCAGCGAAGCAAAUGCGUAUGUGUGCUCAUAUGUAUUAGCGGAGCACGUCGGUGGUCGAGAUCUUGGAGGGGAUUAUUACGAUGGGGCGAUACCUAUAAUCAAUGACAUGAUUAGAAAGGCCGGCAGAAGAUUAGCAGCAUGGAUCAACUCUAUGACAGAUACUGCAUUGCAAACUCAAUAG